AUGGUGCGGACGAAGAACACUGCAUUGCACACGGGUACCCGAUUAUUUUAUUAUUAUUAUUAUUAUUAAUGUACAUAAAGGGGAUCGGGAGCGGUGAUUUUCGGUUUUUGUCUCGCAGGCGUGCGACAGGGGAAUUUAAACGCGGUGGUAUCUUUCCAACGACGUGGUAUUAUAGGUGGGUACCGUGAUUAUAAGUGUAUUGUGAAGCCAUCUGAAUUCCGAAAACGGAUUUGAAUUUGUCGUCGAGUUACGCGAAAUCGACUUUUUCGAAUUUCGGAUAUUAUUAUUCCUCUAAGAUUCCAAAAAUAUCCGUUAAAGAAAAAAAAAAUUAUGAGAAAGGCAAUCUCGAGUACAAACUCCGAUGACAAAUAUUGCGUUCUGAUUUCAGAAUUCUUAUCGCUUCAAUUAGAGCGUAGACUAUAGACCAGGGGUGGUCAAACUGCGGCCCUAUGAAUCUAUGACGAGAUAUCAUGCGGCUCGCAUCUUAUCGUAAGAUACAAAACAUUUUUACAAAAAAAUAUGGUGUUUUUAUUAUAAUAUUUUUAAUUAUUAAUUAAUAUCUUAUUUAUUGCGUGUUCAUUUUUUUUUUUUUUUUGUAAGUUUUUUGAAGUCAGAAUUAUACGUUGUUAGAGCAGUCCUAAACAAUUCCGUUAAAUUAUCAUCCAUUAAAAUUGAGCGAUGUUAAGUUUUUAUUAUUUUAAUUGUCGAGUAUAAAGACUCACGAGAAUAUGUUGUUCCGAAAUUUAAUAUCUUAUCUUAUUUACGAUAAUCAUAUACGUUUAUAUAUAUAUAUAUUAAUAAGUCAUUUUUAUUUAUUUCGGCUCUUCCAUAUUUAUUAAUAUAUUAGGGGGCUCGCGAAUCUCUUCUCGCUGGCCACCCCGGCUGUAGACGAAUCGGUGUACGUACGUUGGAAAUAGAACACGCGUCUAAAUGCCCAGGUAGCCAUGUCGCGCGCAUACCAAGACGAAGACGGAAAAUCAUCGUUUCCAAUCCCCUUGACACCCCCUUCCACUCGGGGGUUGACCAUUGGUGCGCAUACGGGGGUGCCAGGGGGUAGUAAGCACCCCCAGAUUUUGAACUAAAUAAAAUAAAUAUAAUAUUCAAACAGUAGGAGCUCAGAUAUGAGAUGAGUAAUAAUAUUACCAUUAUACUAUUAAGUGUAUUGAUUUAUGUUGCAUAUAAUAUAUUAAUAAUUAAUAUUGUAACGUAGUAUUUAUUUUAUAUUAUUAUGUAAGUUUAUGUUAAUUUUUUCAUAUUUUUAAGGAAGUACCCAUCCCUGUUGGUUAUUUAUUAAACCCAAACUCAAAAAGAAUGAUUUUGUUUUCGCCCAGAGUAAUAUUAUACACCGCAAACGAAAAAAACAUUUUAGUUACCACAGUCCACGAGUUUGUGUGUUACGAAAAGUAACUCGUAAACAAUCAAAUUAUUUCAGCUUUAAUAGGAAACUCCGGAUUCUAAAUUAAAUUAUACACUGUAAUCUCUUUGAUAAAUCAGAUAAUUCAUAAAUCGAAAAUUGCUCUAAAUUAUUGAAGCUCAUUUGGCUUUAAAAAUACAAAUGUAAUAACUUGUAGACGUAAACAAUUUUUAGUUCUUAAUAAUAAAAUAAAAAAUUUUGGUUUUUUUUGUUCGUGUAAUACAAAUUUAUGUUAAAUUAUGUGUGUUUCAUUUAAUAUUUACGUUGACGGAACAUUUAAAUGCUGUGCUCGAUUUUAUAUAGGUAUAAAUAACACUUUUAAUAAAACAAAAAAGACCUCUUAGGAUAACGGGGUCGAGGUCGGAGUCAUUUUGUCUACAUUGUUUUAUUAACCUUAUAUUUUAUUUUUCCGGAUUUUUAUCGUCCGCAGUUUCUCUCGGAAGGUCGCCUAAAAUGCAGGCAUCCUGUAAAGCGGCUUGUAGAGCCGCUUCUUCCUUGGCCUCGUCCUCGUCAACGUCCACUCCGAACAAAAAACGUAAGUGAUGCGCGCUAUGUAUUAUAUUAUUUUAGAUUCUGAACCCAGCGAAGAAUGUAAGAAUUGUAUUGGUUUUAUUUUAAAGGAGUGCGAGAUUUUUUUUUUUUAAUUAAUUUGUGUCAUUGUCACUAACAUACAAAACUUUUCUACCAGAAAUCUUAGCAUCCUUAGCAUCUUUUCUUAAAUCAAAUUGUGUCUAGUUGAUGCAUCGGGGGGUCAUUUUUUUGAUUUUUCUUGUCAAACAGAAAAAAAAUGACCUCCCUAAAGCACAAACUUCUGACAAGAAAAAAUUGUUAAUUUCUCUAGGGAAUUACAGUGGUGGAGGCAAUCCCGUGCAUAAAAGAGAGACGCCACUGUGGCAAAAAGAGAUAACGUGCUUUUUCCCGGCAAAAAAUGACAAACAAUCUACAACUGACGAAGACUACGUACCACCCAAGCAACAAAUGACGCAAGCGGGAUCUUCGAGAAUCCAGUAA